GUGACACUGCAUUGCAUGCAUGCUCAGGUUCAACUCAUGCAAAACAGGCUGAGCUGCAUUUCACAGCGGCAGCGACACUGAAGGACGCCCUUGCCCUUGCUCUUGUAGGGCUCUUGUUGCAGAAGAGAAUCAAGACAAUUGCGUGUACGGUAUUUCAGUAUGCAGCCCUUGGAAUCUGCGGGGCAUUGACGAUGAACAAUUUUUGAGUACACUUAAAGUAAUCUUCUGCCACUCAAGAAGUUGAGGGCGGCGUGCCAACUUGCAGAUCGUUAUUGAGGAGGCUGCUGUGGUUGGUUGUUGCCAGUCAAAGUGGACAGAGCUGAGCAGGAGUCCAGAGACUCCUUCGUGCCUUCCCACUGUCAGUCCCACAACAUGGACUCUCUUUCUGAAUCAGGCAACCAGGGACGAGUUUUUGUGUUGCCCCUCGUGUGCUCAAAUGGCAUUUUAGCAGACGACCUGACUGUCGAAUUCAGCCCUGCAUUUGACCGUUCACCACAUCCAGACCCUGGACUUGAGAGCUCCAUUGAUCAGACCUGGGAGGCAAGACUGGCCCGGCAGCCGUCUCUAUUCAAUGGGUCCAAAUUCCGGUAUGGUGGGUGCAAAAUCCUAGAAUCCCAGGAUGGUCAUCCGAGCAGAGUCUGCCUGCAGCUGGGCCUGACAGACUACAAGCACCAUGUGGGGACGGCCCUCUGUCCUCGCUGGCAAGAGUUCGUGGUUCCGGAGGCCCAAGAUGAUGUGGCCUUGUGUCGCCACAUCGCCAGCAACUUAGGCAACGGCGCAAUAGUCGAAACAUCGGACAACAGAGUAAUUGUGUUGCAAAGAGGGACCGAUGUUGGCGAGUGCCCAGGCCAGCCUGUCUUUCCUGGCGGCCAUCCAGAGCCGAAGGUGGUCGGGAUUGCUGGGCAUGACAUUGAGCCAGGGACCUCUGCGUCGGAGCGGAAUGCUGCCAUCAGCAGAGAGAUGUUCAAUGCAAUUCUCCUCGAGAUUUUGGAAGAGACAGGCAUCCCCUUAGACACGUUGUCCCCUCCCGUCUUCCUUGGCAUCAGUCGACGGAAAACGAGCAUGCGGCCCACGGCCUUCUUCUACGUUCAAUGCGCUCUCUCCUCCUCCGAGAUUCAACAGCACUAUGCCACCGCAAUGGACAAGAACGAGUCCACGAAGCUGACUGCUUGCACGCAGGAGGAAGUGGACAUUGAAGCGCCGAAAAUGCCAGGAUGCCACGAGGGGGGCGCUGAGUUGUACAGGUUAUUUCUUAGAGCGAAGGGCCUCGCGCAUUGACUGAUCGAAAGCAACAAGGCGAGACGGGUUCUUCAACAAGCCAAGUUGCUCGCACACUGUUACUUAUCAUUUAUAUCGUGUAUAAAGAUAGCACAUUCGCAUCUGAUUGUCUACAUGACAAUUGCGCUUCCAUGCGGGGGUCAAUUGAAGUUUCUG